AUGAAACCAACUAAAACCAUCAUCAAAUUAAGUUAUGAUAUAGUCAGUCCAUGGUCUUAUUUCGCUUACGAGAUUCUUAAAAGGUAUAGAACCGAAUGGAACUUAGAAAUAAUUUUAAAUCCAAUUUGGUUAGGAGCUGUGAUGAUCGGUUCGGGAAAUUCACCACCUAUGACUGUACCUAAUAAAGGUAAAUAUAUGUCACGAAAUCGAUCUAUCAAAUACAAUCACCCUUCACAAUUCCCAACAAACACCUUAAAAGUGAUGCGUAUCCUACGAAUCAUUCAACAACUCUCACCUUCCAAACUAGAAUCCUCAACCAAUAAACUCUACGAAGCCAUGUUUAUUACCGGAUCUCAAAUAGAAGACUUAUCCAUCACAAAAUCCAUCCUAACACCCAUCUUAAAUUCCUCAACCCUAGACCAAUACAUAAGUUUAUCUGAGACAAACGAAUGUAAAUCGGCUAUGAAACAGGCGGCUCAGGAGUUAGUGGAGAAGGGCGCAUUUGGGUUUCCUUGGUUGGAAGUUGUUAAACCGGAUGGUGAUCGACUUACGAUUUUUGGAUCGGAUCGGUUCGAGUUUUUGGCUCAUUGGCUGGGUGUUAAGUGGUAUGGUCCAUCAUUCAAUCACACUAACCUACAAACCAAACUAUAA